AUGGUUGAGUCUUCACCCGUGGUUUCCCCCGUCGUUUCCCCCGUCGUGAACGGUGCGGCCGCGUACGACUGGAAAGGCUCCGCUGGAGUUUUAGAAAGAUAUGGAUCGAUUCUCAAAAUGGCAAUUGCACCACGGAACUCGAAAUUGGCGGAGGAUCCCACCUACUGGCAGAUCUUCUCAUUUUACGUGUGCCACUCGGUGCUUGUUGUACUGUAUCUGCUGCUUUUCUGCUACAGACUAUACAACUUUUCUGCCAACAAGCUGAAAUUGAGGUUCCUGAAUCUCACAUAUAACCCUUCGCGUUCUCCGAGUCUAAUUCGCAACGAUGUCGGCAAACUGGCCAAGAUUCCGCGCCAAAUUGCCGCAAUUCUCAACUGCAGAGCUGAGGAAGAGGAGAACGGAGGUGUUGACGGAUUGCUCAAUGACAGCUCCGAGCUGGCAGCAUGGUGCGUUUCUAGUGGUAUUCCAAAUCUUGCAAUAUAUGAAAGAACUGGGACCAUGAAACACCAUAUCCCCGAAUUGCGUCGGGCCGUUUUCCGCAAAUUAACCGCGUAUUUCGGGACAGGAAACGUUCCUUCAUACUCAAUUCGUGUUCCCCAUUUGAAUCUGACCUUCUACGGUGCUUCUGAUGAAUACGAGAAGUCAAAUUCCAAACCCGCGAUCGAAAUUUCACUGCUGAGUCUCGAAGACGGGCGUAACACCAUUGUGGAAAUGACCCGUGUUAUGGCCGAGCUAGCCAAAACUGGAGAGCUGGACGAGAAGAAAGUGACUUUGAAGUUCAUAGAUGAUGAACUGAAGCAGCUCGUUGGCGCUGAGCCCGAUCUAAUCGUCAUGUUUCAGCCGUAUAUCGAUCUCCAAGGCUUUCCACCAUGGCAUAUUCGUCUCAGCGAAAUGUACUGGGAGCCUGACAACGAUGAUGUCACUUAUGCCGUUUAUCUGCGUUCCCUCCAGAAGUUUUCCACUUGCAAAGUCAAUGUUGGCAAGUGA